AUGUCGAUUGAGAUGGUCAAAAAUAAGAAAAAUUCACAAACAAAGACGUUGGAAGCAGUCUCUUUUCAAGCUGAUCUUCAGAAUGUAUUAAUAUUUUUAUUAUGUCAACGGUGUGAAUUGACGGUGCGCAAACCAAGUAAACAGGCCCGAGUAACUACACAAUUUCAAAAAGUUAAAACAAUAAAAAUUGGGGAUGAGAUAAUUGAUCUUCAGAAAGUUGUUAAGAAGAGGUGUGACAGUUUUGCUUUGAUUUUGUCUCAAGAAGGAGUUAAACUUGAAACAAUAAAACGUAGAAUGCAACCAACCAAAAGAAAGGAAGCAUUUCAUUUUAUAGAGGAUAUACUUUUUAUGAAUGGGAUAGUGGUAACUGGUGCAAGAGAUGAGAGAGAUGGAAUUGUUGGAGAUGCCCAGAUCGUCGAUUAUAUGAACAACAGUGUUCUUUUCACGUGUGACCAAAUUCGAGUAAUGGGACGACAGAUCAGUAGGAACAUUGGCAGUUUUUUUGAUUUAUAUCCCAUAAUUUCCAAUGCAAAUAAAAAUAAAAAAAUAACAACCCACGGAAAAGAAUUACAGCUGGGCAAUCAAACCUUCGCGCAGCAAACGAACCUUAGUUAA